AUGUGGGACGACGUUGCAGCGGCCGCCGUCGAUCCCGACAUCCUGAGCCGUCGUGUCCGCUUCGUGCCAGCGCGCCGGGCGAGUCAACCGGCUGCCACGUCCGCGCUCGUGCGCGUGCUGAACCCUGGCGUGGCAUCCACCGGUAAGGCGCGCUCGGAUGUCCGCAAUGGCGACGGCGGCGCGCUGCCAGCGUCACAAUCCGCGCCAGCCGGUCCGGCGCCUCUCUUCCCGCCGGAGCGGCUCCUGGGCAUGCUCGGGUGGUCCUCUGUCCGCGGCGCGGGCCCGGGCCUGUCGAACCUGGGCCAGACGUGCUUCAUGAACGCGGCGCUCCAGGCUCUCGCCCACCUCCCACCCCUGGCUCAGCUCUGCCUCUCGCGCCACCACUCGCGCGGCUGCCGCGUGCUCGGCUGGUGCGCGUACUGCGAGCUCGAGGCACUGAUCGUCGAGCUGCACGGCUCGGCAGCGCGGUCCCUCGCCCCGACGGCGAUGGCAGGCAAGCUCCGCCUGAUCGCACGCCACUUCCGGCCAGACAGGCCGCAGGACGCACACGAGUUCCUCCUCGGCCUGCUCAGUCGUAUGCGCUCGGCGGCGGCCGAAGGGAAGUGCGGCGGCGGAGGGGCGGCGGACGGCGUGGGUGGCGCCGAGCCGAAAUGCUGCUCCAGCGAGGCGACGACGGUCGAGAGAGCGCUCCGCAACUUCACAGCGAGCGAGCCGGUCAAGGGGGACGACUCCUUUUGGUGUGCGGCUUGCGCUGCGAAAGUCGAGGGCACCCGCCGCCUGCGGCUCGGCGACACGCCCCACGUUCUUGUGCUGCAGCUGAAGCGGUUCCGGUACGACUGCGCGCGCGGCGGCGGCGCGCCGCUGCCGCUGACCUACCGCCUCUGCGCCGUGGUUGCCCACGAGGGGCGCGAGCUGCACGUCGGCCACUUCCACUGCCUCGCGCGCGCCUCGUCGGGCGUGUGGCACAGGUUUGACGACGACACGGUGAGGCAAGCGUCGGCGAGGCAGGCGGUGGGGGCGGAGGCGUACCUGCUCUUCUACGUGCGCACGCCCCCGCCGGCGCGCGGGGCGGCGCCAGCCUUCGCUGCAGAGGCGGCGGCGGCCGGCGGCGCGGCCGGCGAUGCGGACAGCGACGCGGGCACAGACGUCUGCGUCUGGGAUGGGGCGGCGGGAGGCAAGGAGGUGGCGGGCGGGGUGCCGGGGGAGGGGGAAGCGGGCACGGCGGAGGAGGGUGGCGCCUCGCGCGCGGGCGGCGCGUCGGCGACGUCGCGCGGCGCGUCGGUUUCUUUCUUAGGGGCCGGGGCUCCGCCGAGAGGCGCACUCUUCAAGGAGGCGGUGGGCGUGUGGGAGGGGAUCGGCGAGGGCGAGGUGGCGGCGCGGAGGCGGGCGGUCGACGCGGCUGCCGGCGCAGGCGGGGCCGGCCGCAAGCGAAGGAGGAGGUACGACGCGUACGAGGCGGAGUACGACCGCGGGAAGAUGAAGAAGCCGCUGCGGCAGGCGGCGGCGGCGGCGGCGGCGGAAGAGGCGGCGCAGUCGCGCGGCUGGCGGCACAAGGGCGCGGCCAGGGGGCGCGGGCGCGGGCGCGGGCGCGGGGCGCGGUAAUGUUGGUGCGACUGGCGCGAUUUGGUGGCUUGCAGCGCAAGCACGGGCGGGAGGGGCUACACUCGCCGCCCUCCCCGCCGCCCACCGACACGGGCGACGGGUCCUGAGCUCGCGCGCGAACGUGCUUGAGUCUCGACUGUGCGCGAAGAAACCUUUCGAAUACCGAAUCCGCACAGAGAAGCAAUGCCGUGGUACACUAUGCGCACAUGAACGUAUUCGAAACUGUGCACAGUACUGAA